AUGUCGGAAGCAACGCCCCGCAUCACAGCGCCUCAUCUUGAAGCCUUCUCCCACCGCACAGUCCGAAUCCUGGGCAAAGUCCAGCAGCUACGAGGCAUGGAGGCGACCAUCGAUGCUGGUGGGGCAAUUGUCAUACAUUUGACCAUGGACUCUCACCUUCACGUUGGCAAUGCAUUUGAAUUCAUCGGCAAGGUGCAGAAUGAUCUAAGUGUAAAGGUCAUGGCGAGUACGGAUUUUGGUCCAGCGCAGAACAUUGAUUUCGGUGCGGUGGAAGCAGUCGUCGAUGCCACACAUCGAUAUCAUGAGAUAUUCUACGAGAAGAGCACUUGA